CUCGCCUGUAACGAGAGGAAGUGUGAGGUGUUGGGGAUAAUGCAGACGCCGAGCGAGGACACCCGUUAUUCACACGACAUUGUAAAUCAGGAAGACAAUUUUGACAAUCAGAAACUAUGACUGGUCAUGGCAUUUCGCUCAAGCGGGUGACAGGAGGCGUAGAACCUGUCACCACGGGGAAGAAGGUAGACAACUCUGUGUCAACUCUGCAGAAACUCUUCCAACUUUACACAAAAUCGGAUCUUUGCGAUGUACAGCUCCAAGUAGGUCCACAUCUUCAUGCACACCGACUUAUUCUCAGUAUGAGCAGUGACGUUUUCAAAACAAUGCUGACAGACACCAAAUGGCCUGAUGCUCAUAAAGCACGAAUUUUGCUGAACGAGGAGCUGGAGUGUGUAGAAGUGUUUGGGGACUUUCUACAGUAUAUGUACACUGGAAACAUUCAUCUCAGCAAUUUAAGUGUACUUCCAGUUCUAAUGCUAGCUGACAAAUACAACAUCCAUGAUCUGGGAAGUGAAUGCAGGAACUACAUGGUUACCCAUUGCCACACUUCGCCUUUAAACCUCAGGGUUGUUUCUUGGCUGCGGUAUGCCCGCAUGUGUGACAAUCGGAAUCUAGAGGCAGUAGUGAAGCGCUACAUUGAACUUAACUUCGAAAGAGUCAUGCAAAGUAGGGACUUCCUUGUGAUGCCAUUGGAAAUGCUGGAGGAGAUGUGCAGGUGUGAACAUCUUGUCAUCCAGAGUGAAUAUACUUUAUUCCUGGGACUGAAGAAAUGGUUGCUUCACAAUGAUGAGUCGUCAGACCUGGCUUGUGGGAAUGAACAUAUAAUGGAAAAGAAGAUUCUGCAAAUCAUGUCUAAUGUGCGCCUGCCCUUGAUGACUCAAGCACAGCUUUCAUCGCUGACAGAUGACCCUUUUCUCAACAAAUAUGCACAGUUUUUUAUGCCAAAACUUUCAGCUGCUUGUGCUUACCAUUCUAGCCAUAGGACUUCAUCUCCAACAAUUGCCCAGUCUGAAAGUCAAUCAAAUGUCCAUUGUGCAACAGAAAACAGUGCUAAAUACCAUGUAGCACCCUGUAGUCAGCAAUUUGCAAAAGGGAUUGACACAGCAGCAACUAGCAGUAGAUUAAAAGCUGUGACACAGUCAGCUGCUGCCAAAGGAAACAGAGAAUCUUGGAGCAGCCAUAAUUUUGGUCCACAAAAUAUUUUUAUGUGCAAUGUACUUUAUAUGCAGUCAAGUUCUGAAAGAACGUUGUGGAAUUUUGAACCUUCUGGCAGAACAGUGCAGAGCUGCAGUACUUACUACACACCACGAAACUAUAUGUGCGAUGAUUGGAGCACCAGUCUCACCAUUGAAAAUUUUCCUGAUUUCCCCCCAUACGCAUCACACACCUACUUUUUCUCCACUCCAAAAGGCAUGUCAGGAGGCAGCCAGGCUAACCUACUUCAUAGUGGCCAUGAUACCUGUAGCAGAGCUGGGGAGGAUGAAGGGGAAGACAACUCAGUCUUUGAGUGGCAGGUGGAGAUGUAUCCGAAAGGCAUCCGAUUUCCUCCAGCAGUCAUGAUCAGCAUUCCCCAGAAUCAUGACAUUGAUGAGCACUGCCAGGAUGUAGUUCGUGUUGCUGUUAUCUCUAAGACACACCAUUGUCAUCCGUGUCACGUAGAUGUCAGUGUCCUGGCAGUGGCAAGGGGAGUCGAGGACGGAACAGAGUAUGUUGAUGCACUUGCCCACAAGAGCUGCAUCUUUGACAAAGAGAGAAUGAUUCACAACAUAGAUAACAUUGUGCCAUUUCACCACUUAAACUGCUCAAAGUCAAAGUAUUUGACAUCUAGCAACAUUACCGGUGCCAAACAAUGCAAUUUUAAAGUUGUGGUCAUCAUAAGACCAAGCUUAAUGGGUCUGUGAUAGGAGCAAGAUGGAAAGUUCUCUGUAUGUGCAUUUGAAAAUGUGAGAGAUUGUCUGUUGGUGAGUAGGAUGGAAGUGCUGAUUUGGGACAUGCUUAGAUUCUUUUUUGUUUUCUAGUACAGUUUUUAUUUAAUUUUCUGUCAUUUUAGUUUUUGUAUAAGUAGAAGUGACCUUGUUUUCACCAUGUUUGUGCAUAAUGUGUGAGUGCUAUAAAUGUGUGUGCAUGCAUAUAUAUGUACGUGUGCAGUAUUGUCAGUAUAAAUCAUGUUUCCUUAUUUAUUGUGUUAAAGAACACCGGCAAAUAUUUAAGAGAAGAAUAAUUUUCUGCACGAUGUUUCUGUUUAUGCGUUUAUGUUAAGAGUAGAAAGGGUAUUCAGCAAGAUUGGAAAAAAAAUCUUAUGCUUAACAUAGCUCAGUCAUUAGAAAAAAGUGUUGCAGCCUGGUGGAACUUUAGGACUAUAUUAGAGGCAGAUAGGUGGCAUGGUAAAAAAAAAGAGUCUAAAAUUGUUUUGAGCUGAGCUUGCACUCAAACCCACCUCUUUAAGAAAUACCUAUCAUAAUCUAAUAAUCUCUUCCCUCGCUCUUCAGUUCUUCUUCAUGUAUUUCAUUGUCUUGGUGUCAUUCAUUUUCUCCUUUGCUUCUGUUUCUCCUUUGUGUAGUAAAUUUUGUUGGGGGGGUAAUCUUUUGGAUAUAACUCAUUGAGUUUGCCUUCAUAUAUGGAAAUGCACUGUAAAUAUUAUUAAAAAUGUUAAUUGAUAAAAUUAGGCGCUGUUGUUUGUUGAUCUUCAGUUCUCACCAAAGGAAUAACAUAGAUACGGUAAAUUCUAGUGAUAUCAUCGGGUACCUUUCUGGACCAUUAUAGAAAUAUGUUUUUAAGGGACUCUGAACCUACAAUAUUCAGGAAUGUGUUUAAAAGGUUGCUAUAACUUAGCCAGCUCCAGAUGAGAUGUUAAGCUUAUUUUUUACUUGCCUUUUCCUCUAAGAUGGUGUUCUGCUUUUAGUGUCUUACAUCUCAUCUGGAGCUGGCUACGUUAUAGUGUGAAUCCUUUCCAGGUUUCAUACUCUUUUACAAAGGAACACAAAUUGACCCUAAUUUGUGACAUUCACAACAUUUGACAAGAAAGGCAACUCUGUCAUGACAGUCUUCUCUUUUCUCAGCUCUGCCAAGCUGUACUUAGGCUCAAAAUUGUCUUUAUAUGGCUUGAUCCUCAGAUCCAUGAUACCAGUGUUUCAACAGCAGCACUUUUUAGGCUGAAAAUGAAUGUUCUCAUAAGAUGUUUUUGAUGAUUUCACUAAACACCAAAACAGCAGCCUCCUUGUACUAUCUCAGAAUUUGCAGCCCAAAAUUGUAAAUAGAAACAGUUUAAAGCAUCAGAUUCUACCAUGCAAGUCCAACAUGCCAAUUCUCUUGCCUUUUCCCUUAAUGGGUACAAUGAAUCACUUGCAGUUCACUGCCUCUAAAGCCAUUGAGGCAAUGGGAUGUUUUUCCUUUAUUUCAGAAGUUAGAGUGAAGAUAAGUAAUGAAGUACUGGAAUGUCAUAGCAACUUUUAUUUUAAUUCCAGUAUAGUUAAUGUAGAUAUGUAGAUAAUGUUGAUGUGUGUUUUGUUAGUAGAGUAAAUAUUUUGUUAAAUGCAAGAAGAAGUCUUGUAGACGAUGAUGUCCAAAGAUCCAUGAUGAAUGUUUUAUCAUGAAACAACUAACAUCCAAAUCUGUAUGAGUUUCUUCAUAACAACCUCUUACAAACAACAUGUCUCUUUAAUAUAACUUACAUAUUUCAACAUUUAAGUCCAAUAUUACAGAUGAGCUCCUCCAUUAUGAUUAUAGUACAAGAGUAUCAAAAGGCAAUAAAACAGUCAACGUGUACAGAUAUACUGAGCAAAAGCUACAUAAACAGACAUUUUUCCAGAAGAUACUACAGUCAAUACAUUUAACAAACUAUGAAUAAGAGAGAAAAAAAAGACUUUUCACUGUGAAAUCUGUUUUUCCUGUAUUUGAUAUCUAAUGAAAAUUGAAUGUUGUGUGAACAAAUAUGCAUUAUUCAUAGAUGCACAAUUUUUAAGCAAUGAAUAUGUUUCUGGUCUGGUAAGCUCUAGGUUACAAUACCUUGUGCAGUAACCAAUAGAUUUAAUAUCAGUUUCGUUUUGUAUUUCACCAUUUAUGAAUGCAAGGAAAAAUUUAUAACGUACUAUAACACGUGCAUUCUCUGACUGCAAUAGACAUUUCGGCACAACAGAUUAUUUAGGGCAGUGCCCUUGAAUAGUGUUUACAAAUGUGUUUAUAAAUGUUUAAAAAUUAUGCUUAACUCUGGUGCUGUCACUUCUUACAAAAGGAAACAUUUCUAAAAUCAUGUAAAUUUAAUUUUUCAGUGGUAAGCGCCAUUUAUAAUACUAAUCUGUUAACCACUGUUAGCAUACACCCUGUUCAAUGAUCAGUGGUGCAGUCAGUCAUAAUAUUCCAUGCAGUUUAGGUUAUCUUAUGAUUAGCAAGACACCAAUCUUCAAUAUGCAGUGCAGUGUUCAGAAACUUCAUGCAAAUUUAUUUUCAUAUCUGCCCAUCCAUCUGGAAAUAGGCAUGCCUGUGUGUGAACUAUACUAUUGUGAGUUAUGUUUGAAGACUACCAAUUCUUCACAAUGCAAAAGAAGGUUGAGUACCUUGCAGUCUGUUCAAACCACUUUGCUAGCUGCCUUGUGACAAACAUGAUGGGAAGUUGUUGCUGUUUAUCUGUUUGAAGUGACUGUUCUCUUUAAUUGCAUUGAUAAGCUCAAAGGUCUGUAUCAGUACUAACUGAUUAAAGUUUUAACCUGUUAAA